CCACCCAUCCGAGUUGUUUUUUUUUUUCCCCCCUCCUGUAUCUGAUCUCUUUUUCGGGGCGGGGGGGCCCUCCGGGGGUUUCAGAGCCGGUGCAACUCAAACCAUCCUCCUCCGCCCCUCAGAAUCCGAGGAAUUAUGGCGAAAGUAGAGCAGGUCCUGAAUCUAGAACCGCAGCAUGAGCUUAAAUUCAAAGGCCCUUUCACAGAUGUCGUCACUACGAACCUGAAGCUUGGCAAUCCCACUGACAGAAAUGUUUGUUUUAAAGUGAAGACCACAGCACCACGUAGAUACUGUGUAAGACCGAACAGUGGAAUUAUUGAAGCAGGAACAUCAAUCAAUGUAUCUGUGAUGUUACAGCCUUUUGAUUAUGAUCCUAAUGAGAAGAGUAAACACAAGUUCAUGGUUCAAUCAAUGUUUGCGCCGACUGACACCUCAGAUAUGGAAGCAGUAUGGAAGGAAGCCAAACCGGAAGAUCUUAUGGAUUCAAAACUUAGAUGUGUGUUUGAACUACCAGCAGAGAAUGAUAAACCUCAUGAUGUAGAAAUAAAUAAAAUUAUAUCCACAACUACAUCAAAGACAGAAUCUUCUGUAAUGUCUAAAUCUAUAAGUUCCUCUUUGGAUGAUCCUGAGGUUAAGAAAGUAAUGGAAGAAUGUAAGAGGCUGCAAGUUGAAGUUCAGAGGUUACGGGAAGAGAACAAGCAAUUUAAGGAAGAAGAUGGGCUGCGGAUGAGGAAGCCAGCGCAGAGCAACAGCCCGGUUUCCGCUUCAGCCACUGUUGGGAAGGAGGAAGGCCUCAGCACCCGGCUACUGGCUCUGGUGGUUUUGUUCUUUAUUGUUGGUGUAAUUAUAGGGAAGAUAGCCUUGUAGAGGCAGCUGCAUGCAGAAGAUGGUAAAUUGGAUUGAUGGAUCUGCCAUAUCAUGGGAUUAAAUUUAUUCAUAACAAUGUUUAAAAAAGAAAUUAAUGUAUGACAUCUCACAGGUCUUGCCUUUAAAUUACCCCCUGCACAAAUAUAACGUAACAUAAUCUAGAAAGUUUAAAAUGUACAGUGAAUGAUUGGGAAAACAAGAGAACGCUCUUUAGUAAAUGACAAAGAAUAUUGUGAUUAAUACUACAAUGGCAUAUUGUAAAUGUCAUUUUAAACAUUUUUAGACCUUGGUACAUGUUGCUGGAUUACCUCUUUUAAACAAGAAAUUAUUCCUCGACUGCUGGAGCUGGUCCCCUUGGAUCGAUAGAGCCCAGACUAAGCAGUAAGGGGGCGAUAACUUCUGUAAAAUAUAUUAAUCCACCGUACUGCUCAUAAACUUAAAAGUUUCUGUCCGUGUCUUCAGUUCUGUGCAAGUUACCAAUUUGUUGGAACUUAAUGAAUAGAGUCAGAAGCUGAAAAGAAUUGUUAUGUAGCAGCAGCAGCAGCAUUGAAUGUGCUAGGCAUCAGAAGAGGCAUAUGUUGACUAGCGUAACAACACUGUGGAAUGCAGGUCAAUGCGUUGUUCUCUUAAAGGGACCAAGCUAAACUGCUGUUGGUUCGUUUAGUUGAAUUAAACUGUUACUCGGAGAUGUUUAAUGCAUAUUUAACUUAUUUAAUGUAUUUCAUCUCAUGUUUCCUUAUUGUCACAAGGUUCUAACUAAUGCUAUCGCAUAAAUAAGGCACCUGCUCUAAAGCCGGUGAAUCAAGCUGGCGUUGCUGCUGGAGAGCUAUGGGAUCCUUCUGCCUCCCGAUGUUUUUGGGCACUACAUCAAAGUGGAAGUUUUGAUUAUUGGAACAUUGGAAAACAGCGGUCAGGAAACUGUUUUUGUAUGUAAAUAAAUAGCAUCUAUCUCGGGGUGGGGGGAAAACCAGGGAAUUAUUAGUAGUCUAUUAGUCCUAUGCCGUAAAAGACCAAUCCUGUUUGACUAUGUAGCAUCUUAAAAAGGAAAAAAAAUGAAAUAAAGCUCCCAAAUUAA